AUGUUUCCAAGCAUUAUUGUUAACAAGUCAGCAUAUAUGUUCACAGGUGUAGCUUAUGAUGCUGGUGGAGCCAGGAUUAUUAGAUGUGCUGGUUACGCACUCACACUAGCAACAAAAGACUUCAUUGGGAAUCUUAAGGAGCUUCGUUCGCUGAAUCUUUCCAACAACAUUCUCACUGGUUGUAUACCAUCAUCCUUCGGAAAUUUGAUGAAGCUUGAAUCGUUGGACCUUUCACAAAACAAGCUCUCAGGACGGAUCCCCCAACAACUGAGGCAACUUACUUUUCUUGGUAGUUUCAAUGUGUCUCACAACAAUCUCACAGGUCCUAUACCACAAGGAACCCAGCUUACUUCAUUGAAUAUCACUUCAUACGAGGGAAACCCAGGGUUGUGUGGAGAUCCAUUGCCAAAGAAAUGUGGAAAGUCUAAGGCCCCUCAACGUCCACCAUCAACCGUAGACGAUGGUGAUUCUAGCUCAGCAGGAAUAUUUGAAUUUGAUUGA